AUGGAGGACUCAUCCACCAUGGAAACCGAAUCCCGUCAUGAAGGCGAAUUCCCACAUUCGCCCUGGGUAGAGCUGGGCGCAUUCACCUCACCGCAACAUUCGCCGCCCAUGCCCGAAUAUAGCGGGUUUGACUACCAUCCGUCGAUGAUGGCGGUGGACGGUCCGUACAACAUGUCAAUCCCCCCCGCCUUACGCCUCGAUGCCACUACCCAUGCCCUCGCAUUCGUGGCCCAGCAUGCUUACCAACCAAUCCCCAUUUCACGAAAAUGGUAUGCCACCUGCGUCUGUCCCGACUUCCGUUUCGCCCUCGGCCCCGAUGCCGACCGUCGAAACAUGUGUCUAUACCACGAAGAGAACAAGACUGCCAAACAGACUGACAUCGGAGCGCUAUUUGGAGUCGAACGAAGUACGGUUUCCAAGGUCCUGCGCCAGAAGGAAAAGUAUCUCAACCCUGACGAUGGAGGUCGGUCGCCCAUCAAGCGCACAAAGGGUCGGGUCCCUGAUAUCGAAAAAGCCCUAGUCAACUGGGCGAGGAACUACCAGCGCCUUGGACAACCCUUGAACGACGAGAUGAUCCGGGAGAAAGCCCUGUUUUUUGCUAGCAACUGUGGCUGUCCUGAAGGCAAAGAGAAGGUAUUGACAGCCAGCUGGCUCGAGAAAUUCAAACAGAAAAACGGUCUUCUCGGCGCAAAGGUUCGGAAGGGCUCCACCGGCAUCAGAAGCGGCUCAAAUAGCCCAACUCGCAUCAACACCGACUGUGCUUCAUCAGCUAGCCACUCGCCUUGCUCCCCUCCGAAUGGACUUGCCUCACCUCUAUCUCCCGGUCAAAGCCACCACAUCAAGAAGGAGGCAGAUGCAGUGCCGGAUCUGACGGGAGGCUAUCAACACGGGCAUCCCAAAAGCACCACCGCGCUGGACACAUCGACGGGAAUGACCAGUCCGACAUCAACAAUGGUCUCUGACAGCCCAUUCACGCCGACCAGUCAAGCACGCCUGCCAACUGGACACAAUAUGAGCCGACCACGCAGUCAAACGUUCACCCUGGGGAUCCCCAUCGACCCAAACCUACUUACUGCAGACGAGUCGAUGGACUCGCAAUGCACCAAGACCGAAGGCGAUGCCCACCUCGGUGUCGCCAUCUUAGAGUCACCGCUAGAAAUGGACGACCACCAAGCUCGCACCAUCAAGGGCGUUCACCCGCCGACCGUCAUCAAACGCAACCGCAGCAAUCCAGAGAUCAAAACCACCUCCAUGCAGCCACCUCCAUCGGUCUCCAAGUCUACGACCACCUCACCCAUCAGCGCAGGAGGCACUCCUAAUUCCCCGACUCAGGAUGAAGUCCGAAGUGCCCUCGAACUUGUCAUGACCUACUUCCAGCACCAACCGGCUGGUCUCGAAGCUCAAGAAUUCAUCUCCAUCGGCAAACUCAUGGAACGUCUCGAGUUAGCCAAGAGCCACCAGAGUACGCUGCUAGGAGGUCUGACUCGGAUCGACGAGCACGACGAUGUUCCGCGCGUAAGCAAGAAGAGGAGUAUUCACAACCUAGGUUGA